CGUCUCUCUCGCUCUUGUCUGCCCGAUCAGUAUACAGCAAUAGCAACAACCAGAACGACGAAAUUGGGCCCGACACGAUACUGUUCGAGGGAUGUGACUACAACCACUGGCUCAUCAUCAUGGAUUUCCCCAAGGACCACAAUCCUUCCCCUGAAGAAAUGGUUCGUACCUAUGAGGAAACCUAUGCCAGGGGCUUAAACAUCAGGUCUAAUCUCACCCUUUCUCUGUCUAUAUACAUAUAUAUAUUUAUAUACCAUCUUCUUUCUCCUACUGCCUUUUAAAUCUUUAACUUCUCAAAACCUUAGUCUCUCUCUUGAAACCUCAAUUUCCCAUGUUUUUAUUUCUUCAAUUUUUGAGUAUAGUAACAGAGGAUGAAAAAUAUAUAGGAAGAUUUAGGUUAACGCCUCCAGUGCCUAGCUUCGAGUACAAGUAAUUUGAGGUUUCUUGGUUUUGAGAGAGAUUGCAUUAGAAAAAAUAAGUAUACCAGCAUAAAUUUUAGGUUGUGUUUUAGUUUUUUUUUAUGGGAACUACUAAUUUUAUGCUGCAAAAUUUAUUUUUCAAAUAUAGUUACUUAUGAUUGUUCCUUCAAUAUAAUUGUUAUCAAUUUGUUUUUAAUUAUGAUUUGGAUAGCUGUGAUUAACUAUUAACUAAUUCAAUAUAAUUUCCUGUUAGUGGCUGUUUUUUUUUUUUUUUGCUGAGCUUUCAAGUCUGUUUUCUUGGGUUGAACUUAUAAUUUAAUUUACUAAUGGGAAAUUGUGUUUGGAGGAUGGUUCCGGGUAUUUGAUUCACUAAUGGGAAUUUCUUGUUUUCUUUUACUAGUUCUCUUUGAAAUGUUUUCAUUUACUUACUAUGAAGUAUUAUAACCAUCAUAUUACACUUGCAAAAACCUAAUUUGUUCAUGCAUAGCUGCGAUACUUAAACAGGGGCAACUAUUGCUUUGAGAUACUUGUGAUGUGGUUUUGAAUUGUCUGUGUCUAGUACUAAGGCUAUGAAGGCCAGAGUGGACUGGUGCCAUUGCACAAGAUCAUUUGAAUCCUUUGCUAUUGCCUAGAGAGAUUUAAAAGUGAGUAUAUUGAGAAUCGGUGGGAAGAGAGUAUAUAUGUAAUGCUCUAUAAUUUUUUAUUGGUUAUUUCAUGACCAUGGUAUAUUAAUAAUAAAUUUAUAAACAAUCUCAUCGAAGAAGUAUAUGAUUUUUUUUUAAAACGCAUUGAGUUUUUUUUUCUUUGUUUUCAUAAUAAAAUGGAAGACUUGUCUUGAUUUUAUUGUUGGUUUCAGCUUAAGGAACUUGAGAAAUUAGGACCAAAGAAAGGUGUGAUUACCCAGGCCAUGAAAGAUGUUGUCCAAAGUCUAGUGGAUGAUGAUCUUGUUUCAAAAGACAAGAUAGGAACCUCUGUGUAUUUUUGGAGUCUUCCUAGCUGUGCUGGAAAUCAGCUGAGAAAUGUAACUCGCAAACUUGAAUCCGAUCUUCAUAGCAGUAAGAAGCGGUUUGCAGAACUUGCUGAGCAGUGUGAAUCGUUAAAGAAGGGGCGAGAGGCAUCUGAUGAAAGAGAGGAGGCUUUAAAUGAGUUGAAAUCCAUUCAGCAAAAGCAUACUGAGCUGAAGGAAGAAAUGGAACAAUAUGCGGACAAUGAUCCAGCUGCCUUUGAAGCAAUGAGUUCAGACUUUCUUCUUAGGCCUAAACUCUAGAUACUGUUAAUUGAGAUUAACUGCUUGAUACUAGAUAGCUUCUUUGUUAUGCAUACUAAUUGUGGUUAUUACA